GAUCUGUGCCUCAAGAAAAUUAUUCAAGGCGCACAGAAACUUCCUCUCGUCUCUUCCUCCUCAUUUUCUGCGACUAACCAGGAAUUGGAGGAAUGAUAGGUUUAACAUCAAUAGAGAGCAGUCACAUGGUGGUCAAUGUGGAUGGACUGAUGCCACCGGUGCCAUCGCAGCCGGUUAAUGCGGAGGUCGAGAAUAUUAGAGCAGAGUCAACGGUGGUGGCCAAUGAUAAGGCAAUUGAUAUUUCAGACGAGGAGGAGGAUCAGGAGAAUGAGCCGCUCAUUGCUUCUGCGGAAUGUCGUAUUUGUCAGGACGAGUGCCCUAUCAAGACUCUUGAGAGCCCUUGUUCUUGCAAUGGCAGCCUCAAGUAUGCUCACAGAAAAUGUGUUCAACGUUGGUGCAAUGAAAAGGGAAACAUCAUAUGCGAGAUCUGUCAUCAGCCUUACCAACCCGGAUACACCGCUCCACCACCACCUCCUCAGCCUGAAGAAACCACUAUUGACAUUGGUGGAGGAUGGACAAUCUCAGGUUUGGAUUUGCAUGAUCCUCGCCUUCUUCCUAUUGCAGAAGCUGAACGUCGCUAUUUAGAGUCUGAAUACGUUGAAUAUACUGCUUCAAGUGCCAGUGGAGCUGCUUUUUGUCGCUCAGCUGCUCUCAUUUUAAUGGCACUUCUUCUCUUACGACAUGCACUAACCAUAACAAGCGAUGAUGGAGAAGACGAGGAUGAUCCAUCUAACAUACUAUCUCUUGUCUUGCUCAGAGCUGCUGGAUUCCUUCUUCCAUGUUAUAUCAUGGCCUGGGCGAUUAGUAUCCUACAACACCGAAGACAAAGACAGGAAGCUGCAGCUUUGGCUACACAGUUUGCAUUGGUGCUUCAGUCAGGUCAGCCUAGAACAGUUCACUUCACGGUAGCACCAGAACCACCUUCACCUUCCAUGGCUACUGCAACUACGUCUACACAACAACCUGAAGAGCACGUCUGAUUCUUCAUGACUCAUAAGCAUGCAAAUUAUGAACUGAAUCGAGGGGAGACUUGAUGUCUCUUAAUUUUAGAAUGUAUUGAGUAAGGAAAAUCAUUUGAGCUGUAACCAAAAAUGUCCGAUCACUAGUUUUUUCACAAAUUUGUAAAUUUUGUUUUACUAUCUUCCAGAUAUUCUCUUGGGAUUUGACUGUUGAAACCACACGAGUAGAUUCUUC